AUGGCAACCGGCGAGGAUAGAGCUCAGUGGGAGAAGAAUCUCGACUAUUACAUCCAAGGGGUCAAUGGAGAAAUCGGCCAGGGUUAUGACUUUACUAUCGUCUGUAACAGCAAACGCUUUGUGGUGGCAGUGUGGCCAGGCCCCCUUCCGGACGACCAAACAACAUCGCUUCUCUCCCGCUACAGUAAAGCAGUUCUGGCGGAUGACGAGGAAGAGAUACAAAAUGUCCAAGACAAAAUCGACGAUAUAAUCUACGAAGCUGGAUGGCAGAGGUUUGCUCGUUUAGCGCCAGCGAUCGAAAAUGGAUCUCCAAGAUCCCCUAUAGAUCUGCAUUCCCGCCUUAAUCCAGAAACUUUCUAUUUUCGUCUGGUUAUAGAUGGAGAAAAUACAGACAUAGUACAAGAAAGCCCUCCACCACCAAAAUUUCGCCCCUUCCAUCUCGACAUCAAAUUCGAAUCAAAUUUGCCGAGAUACUCAGCAAGAGAAGUUUUCGUAGCAAAAAAACUUCCAGGUACAGGCUUCAUAGCCAAAGUCUCAGUCAACGGACAGGACAUGUGUUGCAAGGUUGGGACGCCUAUCUACGGAAAGGCAGUGCAGCGGGAAUACGAGUGUUUGCAGAAGAUUGCGGUGUCUAAACACGCCUCUUCUAUCCGAGCACCCAAACUAAUCGGCUUUAUUUUUGACGAUGAUGGAGGCAUUAUUGGGAUCUUAGAAGAGUUCAUUCCGCAUGCACGUACAUUGGGUAGGAUGGAAGGUAUCCAAGCCAUUUCCGGCGGGCGAAGGAGAAAGUGGGCUGAGCAGAUUAGGCAGAGCAUUGAUCUGCUGCAUGAGAUCGGCGUGGUAUGGGGUGAUGGUAAGCCGGAUAAUAUUCUCAUUAAUUCGGAAACAGAUGAUAGCUGUUUAGUUGAUUUCGGAGGCAGCUUUACGGACGGUUGGGUGGAUGUAGAGUUGAAGGAAACGUGCAGGGGGGAUGAGCAAGCGGUGAAGAAGAUCAUUGAUUUCUUAGCUAUUGACGAGCUUCUAGAAUGCUAA